AUGAGCGCACGGGAAGAUGUGACUUCCCCUGAGGAGGGCGUGGACGUCCUCGUGCAGCCCUUGCCUCACCCCUCCCGCGCCGCUGAUACAGUUUCGGCUGGCUUCAUGUCUCUAGAGGCCCCUUACCCUUAUCCCCCUGUGAGCACCACCGUGCCUCCUCCUCACGAGAGUCAAGGUCGUUCUGGGGACGCUGAAACAACGCACGCGACGGCAGAAGCAGCCACCGCAGGCGAUGCGGCAGCGGCAGAGCAGCGGCACGGCAUGCAUGCAACCGCGCCUACCAACGAGCCCGUGAGCCGUCCUCCCCCCCAGGUGAUGACAGCCCUGGGUCCUAUGCCCCUCCCUCCAGAGAUUCGCCGUCGCAUCCCGGAGAAGUUUGUAGCCCGUCCAAUCAUUGAAGAGCGAGAAAUCUACAUUGCGAAGAAGGAGGUGCAGGAACGAACCAUUGAGGUGCCCCAUGUGCAUUACGAGCACAAGUUCGCGGAAGUUGCUCGCAGCCUGAAGAUCAAGCGCAUAGUUCCCACGAUAACGGAGGUGGUUAAGGAGGUGCCUCGGGAAGUGUACAAGCCCGUGAUCGAGGAGAAGGUGAUCGAGGUGCCUCAGGGAGUAAAAUACGUGGAAGUGCCGGUAGAGGUUCCUUGUCUGUAUCCUCCCAAAAUUGUUCCCCGGCCAAAGGUCCAGGUGGUUGAGCGGGUUGUCGAGACCAUCAAGCCGGUGGUUAAGGAAAAGGUUAUCGAGGUACCGCAGACGGUUGUUAAACAAGUCCCCAAGAUCAAGACUGUCGAAGUGCCAUACUAUGUGCCGCGCUACGUCGAGAAGGUUAUCGAGGUUCCGUAUCAGCCACCCGACGCCGCUUCUCUCCCUCCAAUCCUUGCGGGAACACUGCCCUCUGGGAUCGCAGCCAACAUGCCCGUGCCCUUCCAGAUGGGGCCUAUGCCUCUCAGCAGCAUGAACUCCCUCAAUCUUCCCUACGAGGCAAAGAUCGACGUGCACAUCAGCCAGGGGGCCCCUGCAGGGGGGGCAGCCGGCGCACCGCCUCUGCAGCACCAGCGGUCUACGACGCUUGUUUCCGGAGAUGGCAAACACGCCGCCAUAGAGCUCGUCGAAGGCUUCAAGUGGGGCAAGCCACCAAACGCACCGCCUUUUGGACAGCCCUCGCCCUUCUGCGUGCCUCCCGCAGGUGCCGGGGGUCCUGGGGAGGGUGCAGCAGCACCGGAUGGCGAUCCGCGCAUGAAGUACAUGCCUCCUCUGAUGGUGACGUGCCCUCCAGAGGUGGGCCAAGUCAACUUUGCCGGCUACGUUGCCGAGCCCGACAUUCUCACGCGGCAAGGCGUGAUGGCGUACUCCGGCUUCAGAGCGCAUGGCAACUUCCAAAUGCUCUUCCCGCCGCUCUCACCCCAGCCGAACGUCCCAAUGGAUCCCCCAGGGACGCCCGACGUGCGCACCAUUGCAGAGACGCAGUGCUACAUCAGGGGAUCCCAGCAUAUCGAGGGGCUCCAGCAAAAAGCCGAAGAAAUCGAAAAAGCCUACGAAGAACCCCAGGCGCCCUGGUGCGGCCCCCCCGCCCCUCUAGCGGCUGGAGUCGUCUACGAGCAGUAA